AUGGCAGCUUGUAUCUUCUGCAAGAUCGUCAAGGGCGACAUCCCCUCCUUCAAGCUCUUUGAAAGCGACAAAGUCUUCGCCUUCCUCGACAUUAACCCCCUGAGCAAAGGACACGCGCUCGUGAUCCCCAAACACCACGGCGAGAAGCUGACGGAUAUCCCCGACGAUGCAUUGGCUGAGAUUCUGCCCGUCGUGAAGAAACUCGUUACCGCUACCCGCGCGGAGAAUUACAAUGUGCUGCAGAAUAAUGGGCGGAUUGCCCAUCAGGAGGUUGACCAUGUGCAUUUCCAUAUGAUUCCAAAACCAAAUGCAACGGAAGGGCUGGGAGUUGGAUGGCCACAGCAGACGACGGAUAUGGACUCGUUGAAGGCGUUGUUCGCGGAUAUCAAGUCGAGGAUGUAG